UCUGUUUCAGACCACCCACCACAGUUUUCUCUCUCUAAAUUUUUCCUUCUCUUUAUCAUUUUCUCCCUCUAGAAUCCUAGGGUUUGUCCUUUGCUCCCCAAUUGUUUAAAUCCAACCGAAGAUUGGCCUUAUUGUUAAUAUUAUUAUUAUAAUAAUAUUAUUAUAUCUAUAGGUAUAUAUAUUGGUUCCGAAAAACGGAAUUUUCACGCAUCAGUUUGAUUCCUUUUUACGUUUUUUGUUUGUUUUCUCUUUGCCUCCAAAUUGACCGACUACACAGUCUUCGUCCUCUUCUAACUGUAUUCAAAGUUCCCCUAAGAAGACGAUUCCGAACGGAGAAGGGUUGCUUCUUCUUCACUAGUUCUAUUUUGGGCGAUUCGGCCUUUAUUUUUAGCUGUAAAGCGAGUUGCAGACAACUCGGUAUUGGUUUUUCUCUUCUGCGUUGAGUUGAGCUGAGUUUAGUCUUGAUUGGAGACCAUUUUCGGUUUCUGGACUCGUUUUGACGUACUGAUUCCGGAGCGAGUCACGAUUUAAGGCUAAAGUGGAGUUGGGUAUUAGUGCGUGCUUUUGGAUGCUAAGAGAAAAUCGUUUUUGAACUCGAGUUUUCAGAAAGCGGAGAAAUGAGUAAACUUUUGGAAAUUCAACCUAAAGAAUUGAAGUUCACAAUUGAAUUGAAGAAGCCUAGCUCAUGCUCAGUUCGGCUUGCCAAUAACACCAACUAUCAUGUUGCUUUUAAGGUUAAGACCACUUCCCCUAAGAGAUACUGUGUACGGCCCAAUGUAGGUGUUGUCAUGCCAAAUUCGAGUUCUGAUUUUAUAGUCACAAUGCAAAUGCCACGGACAACUCCACUAGACUUGGACUGCAAGGAUAAGUUUUUAAUCCAGAGCACAGUUGUUUCUGCUGAGACAACAGAUGAGGACAUUACAGCUAGCAUGUUUGUCAAAGAUAGUGGGAAGCUGGUUGAAGAGAAGAAACUAAGAGUGAUUCUUAUCAGCCCAACUCAUUCACCAACCUUGUCGCCAAUUAAUGGAGCUUUAAACCAGGGGAUGGGUCAUGAUUAUUUAAUUUUUAAAGAUCAAUCUUUGAAUGGAGUUGAAAAUUUAUCCAAACAGCACACGGUUAGCAAGGAUACAGAGGAGUCUGUAACAGUUAAAAUUAAAGAGCCAAAGCCAGUAGAGGCUACAGAAUUGAAGCCAGUGAAAAAUGUGGAGUUUAUGCUAGAAAAGGAUGUCCAGGAGUUGAAACCAGCAAAGGGCGUAGAGGAGCUGAAGCCUGCGAAGCACGUGGAGGAGUUGAAGCCUGUAAAGUACACGGAGGAGUUGAAGCCUGUAGAGUACACAGAGGAGUUGAAGCCCGCAAUGUAUGAAGAGGAGUUGAAGCCCGCAAUGUAUGCAGAGGAAUUGAAGCCGUCAGUGUACACAGAGGAGUUGAAGGCAUCAAUGUUUGCAGAGGAGUUGAAGCCUGCAAGGUACGUGGAGGAGUUGAAGCCAUCAAUGUGCACGGAGGAUUUGAAGUCUGCAAAGUACGUGGAGGAUUUGAAGCCAUCAAAGUACGUGGAGGAGGUGAAUCCAGCAAAGGAUGUCAAAUAUUUGAAUUCAGAUAAAGAUGUAGAGGAAUUGAAGCCAGCAAAGGACAUAGAGUUAAAAUCUGUAGGGAGUGUGGCGGAGUUGAAACCAGUGAGAGAUGUUGAGAUGAAAAAUGUAAAGGCUGUAGAGGAGUUGAAGUUGUUUAAAGAUGUUGAGGAGAUUAAAUCAAAGCUAAGCCAAUUUGAACUAAAGCUUCACCAGGCUGAUGUUGCUAUUUUAAAGCUGAUGGAGGAGAGGAAAUCAAGCAUUGAAGAGAGAAAUUUUUUACAGGAGAAAUUAGCAGAGUUGAGCAAAGGGGGCGUGAAAACAGUCCAAGUUGGGUUUCCUCUUCUGUUUGUUUUAAUGGUUGCAUUUAUCAGCAUCGUUCUUGGGUACCGUUUACACCCCUGAAAAACCCUCCUCCUCCUGAUGGUUGAAUGAAGCCAUUAUUAUCUAUGCCAUUGCUUGUAUGUAGGAAUAUAGGUAUAAGAGUUUCUUUACUUCUCUUUAUCUACUCUACUCCACAUGUGGAAAAAGGAAAAGAUGAAUGGAUGGUCAGUUAUUGAUGUUCAUCAACUUAGUCUUUAUCUACUCCAGGAGUAAAACUCUUCUACAUGCAAUAUGCCAGCCACUUUUUAUUAUCUAUAAAAAUAUAUAUUAUGUAUAUUUAGAGAAAACAGAGGAUAAAUCGUGUAAAGUAUUUUCGUGUUAUUUAAAAAAAUUAUAAAAAAGAAGAGCUACUUGCAUUUGGGAGAUGCUACCAAAGUCAAUUGGUUUGUAAAUUGAGGGCUCGAAUAUAAAGAUUUCUUAUGGUGAUAAAAGUAGGAAGAGAGCCUAUCUUCGAAUUUUCUUA